AUGAAGGUCAUGUGCAUGUCUGUGACCAACACAGUGAAACUGGGAGUGCAGACUGCAGCUACAUCCACUCUGUUUCCUCUCCUUACAGGCCAGUCAAACCUGAUCUGUUCACCUCAACCAAUCGUAGCCGUCGCUGGUGAUGAUGUCGUUCUACCGUGUCGCCUCGAUCCUCCCAUCAGUGCCAGUUCCAGGACAGUGGAGUGGACCAGACCCGGCUCAGACCCCGAGUACAUCCACGUCCACCAAGAGGGACGCCUGGUGCAUCACAGUCAGAAUCCUCUGUAUAACUACCGCACAGCUCUGUUUGUGGAUCAGCUGAUCAACGGAAACGUCUCCCUCAAGCUCUUCAGGGUCAAAGCCUCCGAUGCAGGGAAAUACAAAUGCUUCCUUCCCUCGUUAUGGAAGGAAGCUUUCAUCCAACUCAACAUUGGUGCUGUCUCCUCGCCCACCAUCAGUUUAGAAGGGAUCGAUAAGGCCAGCAGUGGAGUGGUGUUAGACUGUGAGUCCAGAGGCUGGUAUCCAGAGCCGGAGGUGUUGUGGCUGGACGCUGAGGGAAACCUCCUCUCUGCUGGACCUACAGAGACAGUCAGAGGUCCUGAUGACCUCUAUACUGUCAGCAGCAGAGUGACUGUGGAGAAGAGACACAGCAACAGCUUCACCUGUAGAGUCCAACAGAAGAACACCAACCAGACCAGAGAGACACACAUCACUGUUCCAGAUGAUUUCUUUAAACUCCAGUCCUGUUCAUCUCCCAUCAUUACUGGUCUGGCUGUUAGUUUGGCUGUUUGCAUUCUGUUACUUCUCAUUGUUGUGUGUAAAUGGAGAAGAUCCAAAUAUACGACUCACACGAGGAAUAGGGGUUUGGGUAAGGCGGAACCCUUCUGGAGGGCGGCCAUGAGGACAACCAGGCUGACGGAGCUGCUCAGGAGGUCGGGCAAGGAGACCAGCAGGCUGACGGAUGCACUCUGGCAACACGGUCGAGGAGGAGGGAUGAAAAGGGACGAGGGAUGUAAAGGGGUCCAGAGGAGGGAUGUAAAGGGACGAGGAGAGGGAUGUAAAGGGGUCCAGAGGAGGGAUGUAAAGGGAUGA